AUGAACAACUUGGAUUACAUCAUGUACAAUAAAAAGUUGAAGAAAAAGUGCAUUAAGAGGGCUAAAUUAAAAGAAUGUGACCCCUUAGUUGUUGAACAUAUAUGGUCGAAUGAUGAGUGGAUAGCAUCCCCAAGUGAUGGUGAGGAAGAUGACAUUGGAGGUGGCGGGAAAUUUGGGGAGGAAGAUGGCGAGGUAAUCGGAAGUGCUAGAGGUGGCGGGCUAUUGGAAGACCUAGAGGUGGCGGGACAAUUGGGGAAGGGAGUGGAACUAGGAAAAGGAAAAAUGUUCAAGUGA